CGUGCUGAUUGGCUGAAGCUAGGAGUACGUGGGUUUGUCAUUGCAAGAUUCGUUCCCGAUAAGUGAUCGUCCUGCACGAUAUCACAGCCGUCGGUUGCCGCUUACAAACAUCACAGAGACUGUGUGUGCAUCCAAAAGACUAACAACUCCUCGGAUAUUGUAAAAUGUAUUCCAAUUAUUCUAACUUUUCCGUUAAGACUCUGCUUAGCGGAGUCGGCGAAAAUCACUUGGACUAUCAGGCGAUGAAUUUCCCUAUGCCGACUGCUAAUUUUCCUUUCGAGACGCAAAGAUCUUGCGAUCAACUGCAGAUGAAUAAUUACGCUUCUUGUAUCUAUGGAAGUCCUGCAUCUCCGACUCUUGAUCAUAUCCAGCCGACAUACACCACCCUGCCGUGCGGCUCCCCUGGGACUGCCCUGGGUGCCGGGCCACCCCCAUCAGCAAAAGACUUCGACACUGUCAUCCACACCCCGCCAACACCUUGCAUAGACGACGACAGCGUCGACACAAAACCGACACUGCCGUGCACCGUCACCCAGUCCGGCUCCCCCGCCACGGCAUCAACCCCUCCACGCCCCGAGGGUGAGAAAACGAAGACCCCCUCAACAAGCUCCGACUCUUCAGGAGAAUGUCAACUUCUUAAACAAAGACAAAAGAGGAAACCCCGCGUGUUGUUUUCCCAGGCGCAGGUCUACGAGUUGGAAAGACGGUUCAAACAGCAGAGGUAUCUCUCCGCCCCGGAAAGAGAACAAUUAGCUUCCAUGUUGAAACUGACAUCAACCCAAGUUAAAAUCUGGUUUCAGAACAGACGAUACAAAUGCAAAAGACAACGACAGGAUAAGAGUUUGGAACUAUCAGCCAUGCAGCCCCCAAGGAGGGUGGCUGUACCGGUACUCGUGAGGGAUGGGAAACCGUGCAUGGGACAAAAUAUGACUCCUCCCUAUUCUGCUCCGUACAAUGUUAAUCCCUUUGCCUAUUCUUCUCCCAGUUAUAACACAGUCCCUAACCACAUGGCCCAGGUGAACCAAAUACAACAGAAUGGAUAUGUCCAGCAGCCAAUACACCAAGGCAUUAGGGCAUGGUAGGGACGGGUUCGUCUCAAAAGUAAUGACACGUAAUACGGUACCCUAAGGGGGUCACUACCUACUCAGGUAAUUCAAAGCUUGAAUCCAGCCCGAGGUUUGUUUGACUGCACUAUUGUACAUAAACUCCAUACAGCGCCUUUGUGAUGGAGUGUAGAGCUCGGGUCUGGCACUUCGGGCCAUGCAAAAGUAAUGACACACCGCAGACAAUCAGCACCUUCGACAGGACUGUUCGACACUCGGAUCCUUGAAUCCAUUUCCGGUUGCCGUCGAUAACAAAUGCAGAAUGUGCCGAGGGGGCCGGGUGUGUUGUUUUAACAGACAAAUUUGUCUUUAAGAGAAAUGUCAUCUGAAUUGUCAGACACGGAACAACUGGACUGCGAGGGGACAUAAACCCGUUAUCAUGUAUGUCAAUAUUAAAGCAGUGUUUACGUUGCAAGUUUGUAAUCUGUUGGUCCACGGUUUGCACUGUGUCCUUCUGACUAGUACACGUACUUCGAGACAACUAGACAACGUAGAACCAAAUCUACUUGUGAUGUACAUGUUAGCUGUUUAGAUCUCAAUAGCAACUACAGGGUAUUUAUGUCUAUCUUGAGUAAUAAUUCUAAACUACUUUCACCAUUCAGCGAGAAAAAUAUUGACGAAGACUCGUUUCACAAUGUGUGAACAAGAUGUACAUGUUUGUGUAUUAUAGCUCAUUAUCAUCUCAUCUGAAUAAAUGUUUAUUUAUCA